AUGAUAUAAGAAAAGAGUCUAGAAUUACCAUGCUCUUUGGCUGAACACAAGAGCAAUAUUAAAAUGGUAUGUCUAAAUGAGCAGUGUAAAGAGUUUAGACUAUUUUGCAUGAAAUGCGUUUAAAAUAAGCAUCAUUCAACUCAUUUGUAAGAUUGGAUAGAUAUUCCUUAAUUUAUUGAAUAAAUAGAAAAUUUUGAGACUGAUUAUCAAAGUCUAAUGAUUGAGUUAUCUCAAGAUGUAAAUGCAAUUAUAUAGAAUUUUAAUAAUUUGAAGGAAGGAAUAAAAACAAAAUAUAUUUUAGACUAGGAGAGAAUUGAGAAAUUAAGUCUAAAAGAAAUAAAUGUAGUUGUCAGUUAAAUGUUGAAAUACAAAGAAUUUAAAGAAGAGACUAUUAAAACAAUUUAAGAGUAUGGAUCAAUGUUUAAUCAAUAAAUAAUAAAUUUGUAAAAUAAGUUAAUUGUAAGUGAAGAGAAAAAUAUGGAGGUCAAUCAAGUAGAUAAUUAAUCAAGUGAGAAGAUUAGUAGAUUAAGUGAAUAUAAAUAUUAAGAAGCUAUGUAAAAAGAUGGUGGAUUGAGUGAUAAAAUUAGUAUAUCAAGUGAUAAGAUAAGCAGAUCUAACGAGAAUAUUAGUGUACGAAGUCAAAAAAAUAACAUAUCAACUUAAAAAAAGAGCUAGUCGAGGGAAAAAAAAAUUGUUUCAAACCUUAAAGAUAUUCAGUAAUCAUUAGAACUUUGCGUUAAGGGUUAGAAGUUAACUGAGAAAUAAAUGUUUAAAGAAGCUAUUGAGAUGUUUAAUUAAUCAUUGGUUUUAAAUCCAAUUAAUUCUAAAGCCUUUUAUCUGAAAUCUUACGGUUUAAGGUUAACAGAAAAUUAUGACGAAGCCCUAGUUUGGGCUGAUAAAGUCCUUGAGAUAGAACCUAAUCAUAUAAAAGCUUUAGAUUGUAAAAUUUAUUGUCUAAGUAUUCUUGGAAAAUACAAAGAAGCAUUGGAUGUUAUUGAAAAAGUGUUGCAUAUAAACCCUAAUCAUUUAAAUUCUAUGAUUAAUAAAGUGAAUUGCUUAAGAGAACUAGGACAAUAUCAAAAAUCUAUUUAAUUGGCAGAUGUAGUCCUUAAAUAAGAUCCCAAAAAUAUAAAUAUCUUGUUUUGUAAAUUGUAUGGUUUAGUUAUGGUUGGUAAAUGUUAAGAGGCUCUUGAAUGUGCUGAGAAUGCUUUGGUUGAAAAUCCUAACAAUUCCAAAAUAUUAUAUUGUAAAAUUCAAAGUUUAUUUGGUCUCUAGAAGUAUGAAGAAGCGAUUCAAUUGAUAGAUAAAACUUUGAGUGAAGAUUCAAACCAAGUCAAUCUUUUAAGUGUUAAAGCAAAAAUCUUAUUUGUACAAAAAAAAACAAGUGAAGCGUAAAAAGUUGUUGACAAAGUAUUGGUAUAAGAUCCUAAUGAUAUUGAUGCCUUGGAAUGUAAAAUUGAAAUUUUAUAUUCCCUUGGGAAAUAUCGUGAGGCUAUUAAAUUAGCUGGUAAGAUUUUAACUAAGAAUCCCAAGCAUCUGAAUGCUUUAAUUUUUAAAAGUAUUGUUAAAAUAUUAUAAGCAAUGAGUUUAUUUAUGCGUAAAAAAUAUAAAAAGGUAGAAACUUAUGCUGAUAAAGUAUUGAGUAUUGACUCUAAUCAUCAAACAGCAUUGUUUUAUAAGGCAAAUAGUUUAAAAUAAGAAGGUAAUCAUAAGGAUGCGUUAAUUUGUAUAAACAAAUUGUUAGAGAAGGAUCCUAAAAAUUUAGAAUUAUUAUUAUUUAAAACUCAAAGUUUAUAUUUACUCGAUCAAUUUCAAGAAGCCAUAAAUUGGGCUGAUUAAGUUUUAGAAAUAGACCCUAAUCAUUUAGAUACAUUAUAUUGCAAAGCUGAUAAUCUAAGAUUGCUUGGGAAUUACAAAGAUGCAAUUGUUUGGUCUGAUAAGGUAUUAGCUAUAAAUCCUGAACAUACCAGAACUUUACAUUGCAAAGUUAGUUGCUUAAGAUUACUUGGUUAGUAUUAGGAUGCUGCUAUUUGGUCAGAGAAAGCUGUAGUUGCCAAUCCUAAAUCAGUUAAUAUUUUACGUUAGAAAGCUAAUUAGUUAAAAAAUAUGGGGUAGUAUUAGUAAGCACUAGAAUUAGUAGAAAAAGCCUUGGUAAUAGAGCCAAAGCAUAUAAACACUUUAGAUUGCAAACUUUAAUGCAUAUAUUGGCUAGGCAAAAUUGAUAAUUCAAUUGUGUUAUCUGACAAGAUUUUAGAGUUAGAUCCAAGUAAUUUAAAUUCCAUGUGUUGUAAAGCUGAUUGCUUAAGACAAUUGAAAAGGUAUUUGGAUGCUCUGUUAUAUUGUAAUAAAGUAUUGGAGAUAAACCCAAAUCACAUAGAUAUUUUAAGUUGUAAAGCACAAUGUUUAUAUAACCUUAAACAAUACGAUGAGGCAUUAGAAUACAUCAAUAAAGUACUUGCACUGGAUCCAAAUAAUGAGUAAGUCAUUAGUUGUAAAGUGAAUGUGCUAUUGUAAAAGGGAUAGCAUGUAGAGGCAUCUAAGUAAGCUGAUAAGGUUUUAGAAACUAAUUUUUAGAACAAAGAUGUUCUGAUUUGCAAAACGUAGUGCUUACAUUUGUAAAAUAAAAAUAAAGAGGCUCUUAUUUGUGUUGAUUUGGUUCUAGAGAUUGAUCCUAAUCAUGUUCCUACCUUAUUCAUAAAAGCUAAUACCUUAUUUAAACUUGGCCGAUUCUCUGAAGCUCUAGAAUCGACUGAUGCAGUUUUAAAAGUAGACCCAGAUCAUGCUGAAACUAUUCUUUGCAAAUGUAUUCCUCUUUAUUAGUUAGCUAAUUGUUUAAGACUAUUAGGACAACAUUCGGAAGCUCUCAUCUACAUAGACAAAUAUUUAACCAUUGAUCCUACUAACCUAACCGUUAUUGAACAAAAAGGUAUAAAAUACUUUAUAACCUAAUAAGCUCAACUCUUACAUUCAACAGAAAGACAUGAGGAAUCGAAUCUAUGGAUUGAAAAGGUACUUGAAUAAGAUCCAGAUAACAUGAGUAUAUUAAACUAUAAAGCUGAUAAUUUAAGAGCUUUGGGUAAAUGUAAAGAAUCAAUAGUAAUUGCUGAAAAGAUUUUGGCCUAUGAUUCUAAAUCAGUAAAUGCUUUGUUUUGUAAAGCUGAUUGUUUAAAAGCUUAGGGUUAGUAUAAUUUAGCUGAAUAAUGGGUUGACUUUGCAUUAAAGCAUGAUUCCAAACACGUUAACUCAUUGGCUUGUAAGGGUAAUAAGUUCUCAUAAUUAGGUGAAAUAUUAAGGAUGUUUAAACAAUAUGACCAAGCUUUGAAAUAAUUUAAUAUUGCUUUGAGUAUUAACCCUAAUAAUUAUAUUUCUCUUAUUUAAAAAGUGUAGCAAUGGGACUUAUACAAAUUUAGGUGCAUGUCUACAAGAAAUAAAACAAUAUUCAGAAGCAUUAUCAAUCUUUGA